AUGCCGUAUAUAAGGCUAGUGGCUUUCAGCGGAGAAGAGGGCCAACAAGAAGAGGGAGGCGCUGAAGGUUCCGGAGAUCAUUCUGCAGAAGCGAGUCCAGCACCAGCUCCAGCACAAGAAGCAGCGGCAGCACCUGAGGGAGGAACUGAAUCGCCUAAAAAACUGGCGAGAAUGGGGAACUCAAUCGUGCCGGUGAUCGUGGGAAUUGGAGCGGCUUUGCUAUAGUU